AUGAUGAAAAACCAUGGGGUUGUGCUGCACUUUUCCAACGCGCACGAUAAUUAUCACUCGGCAUAUCAAUAUGUCACGAAGCAAGACACGGAAGUGUUUUUAAGUCCCAAUCACCCCAACCUUAAUGUAAUCGGUUCUCCUAGAACCAAAACAUGUAUCCGUGCAUAUCGAGAAAGUCGAAAACGCAAACAAAACGAGAAUGCAAAUGCCCAACAAGAAAAGGCUAAAAAAAUAAGACAUCUCAGCAAUUUCGAAGUCUCUGAAUUUUUGGUGGCAAAUCAAAUAAAAAGUGAAACCGAGCUACUUGCACUUGCAGACACUCAAAGCAAAGAAGGGAAGAAAGACUUAGCCAAUUUUAUUUUGUGUCGCUCAAACGAAGCCAUCCAAGAGCUUAUUGAUAACACCUGGCGCUUGCAAAAUGCACGGGCUAAGCUUGAUAGGAAGAAGUCGCGUAUAGACUUGCCUCGUGAUGCUCGCAGUGCUGAGUGCGUCGAUGGCUGCAACGGGGAAUGGAUCAAGUGUGCACGGGAGGUCCUAAAGAACAACAAUAUCCAUCCUGUGGUGUUUGCUUCGGCGUUGAAAGAUCUUUUGACCAAGGGAAGGGGAAAUUCCGAAAUGUAA